CCCUCUUCACCAAGCACUCGAUCACAACCAAGCUAGACAAUAACAACAACAACAACAACAAAAACAACAGCAACAACAACUAUAAUAUCAAACCAUGGCCUUCAAUAUAUCGUUCCUCGUCGCCCUUGCCACGUCCAUGGUUCUGGUCGCCAUGAGCAGCGCUCCCGAGACCCAAGUUGCCGCUGAUACUUUUCCGCAGUGGUGCAUUUGCGGUGAUCCCAAGGUCAAUGGCCAGUCCGUUGUUAGCUGGCUCUCUCAGAACAACUGCUAUGUCGCCAACGGGAACUGGGAUAGAGGUUCGUGCGGCCUAAACUCCCAGGACCGCUUUGACAAUUUUAUUAGCGGUUGCAAGCGCACCGUGGAUAUCAAGCCCCAGCCCAACCCUAUCUGCUGGCACUAAAAAGUUGUAGGGAGACAAAAGAUAUUAAAGAGUAGUUUUGACAAAAGACUCGACGUUUGUUUAUUUUUGUUUGUUAACCUGAGGAGAACAACAGCAGUGGGGCUGAAAAG